AGAGCUUUUAUUUGUCUGAACAUAAAGAAGGAGGGUCACACACAGAUGUAUAAAUACUUGAGGUCACAGCUCAAACCCAUCAUAGUUCAGUCAGAUGCUCCUGGACAGAAGUGACAGAAGAAGACAGGACAAAGAAAGACCUCAAAAGAACCCUGCAGAAGAAGAGACACUUAAAGGGAAGCAACUACUUUACAUUAAAAAUUCACCUUAAGAUGGGUGCCACUGACAUUGUUGCCACAAGUACUCUGCUGGUGGCUAUGUCUCUGCUGAGUAUAGCUGCACCAUCUUUAGCAGUCUAUAGCAAUGGAGAAUGUACAUUCAACACUAAAGGGAGCUGUGAAUAUCAGGGUCAGGUCUUUGGUAUCGGUGACAGUUGGAUUACUAAUGACUGCUACCACUGUGUGUGCAUGGAACCCUUUGGAGUGGGUUGCUGUGAUCGCAAUCUGCAGCCAGUAGAUUAUCCAGACUCGUGUGAAGUCAUCAGGAAGCCUGAUUCGUGUGUCAGAGUGGUGGUGAUGAAGGCUAAUCAUAAGCUUCCCUGCCUCUAUGGGAAAUGGGGGAAACAUCCAGACACCUGGAAAUCUGACAACGAGCCAAUAUUUUAAUGAGUUAUCUAAUAAUCUAUUUUAUUGAGCAAUUCGUUCAAAUACAGGAAUCUGACAGCCUGACUAGAGUGUACUGAAAUUCCUGUAACAUAUAUAUAUAUAGCUGGGGCAGUGUUAACUAAUCUAAAGAUCUAUUUAUUGUUGGUUUUUACAUUUAUCUUGUUUUUAAUUCAUGUCCUGUCUAUCUUGAGUUAAUAAAUGUCAUC